GAUUAGAGAGAGAGAGAGAGAGAGAGAGAGAGAGAGAGAGAGAGAGAGAGAAGGGAUGUUGAAGAAAUGGAUCCUCAUGUUGUUUUCUGUUUCUGUAAUUCUGUCAGUUUCUUCAUCAUCAUCAACACCAUCAUCAUCAUUUUGGUCUAAUUCAUUGAUUGGAGACCAAACAUUCACUCUCUCUGCUAAUCAAUCUCUUGAAUUCGAUUUCUACCGAAACUCAUGUCCAGAUGCUGAGAGGAUUAUUAGAUCUACUACUUCUCAACUCUUCAGGAAUCAAUCUAUUGUUGCUCCUGCACUUGUUCGAUUACAAUUCCAUAAUUGCUUCAUUGGGGGAUGUGAUGCAUCUGUGCUUUUGAACUCAACGAAUGGAGUAGAAGCUGAGAAGGAUGUAAUACCCAAUCAAUCGUUGAAAGGAUUUGAUGUGGUUGACAAGAUUAAAUCCAGAGUGGAAUCGGUUGUUUCUUGCUCUGAUAUUCUCGUUCUUGCUGCAAGAGAUAGUAUUGCUCUGGAAGGAGAGAUAGUCUUGUAUCUUUCCCUGAAAUUGCUUUAAUGGAGCUUCCAGCACCAACUGAUGAUCUGUCAGUCAUCCUCUCAAAGUUUCUCCAUAGAAACUUCAACGAACAAGAAACAGUCAGUCUAUUGGGUGCUCACAGCAUUGGUGCAGUUAACUGCAAGUUCAUCUUGGGACGUGUAAACAACUUCUCUGGUACUGGCGCGCCAGACCCAACAAUAGAGAUCGAUUUCCUGAAACUGAUGCAAGCCAAAUGCAGAGGUGAACGUGCAUUUAUCGAUCUGAAGAAUGAGGGUGCAGCUGCGGCGGGAUUUGGGACUCAUUUCUACCAGGGACUGGUACAGAAUAAAAGUGUCCUUAGAUCAGAUCAACAGCUUAUGAGUGAGGAAAAAACUGCAACCUGGGUAAGAGCAUACGCCACAAACAAUUUCUUGUUCAUAAAGGAUUUCUCCAAUGCAAUGAUAAAGCUUUCGAACAAUGGAUUUCUGACAGGACCGUUUCAUGGGGAGAUUCGACUCAAUUGUUCCUCCACAUUGUGAUCACACAUUUCUUUCAGGGAAUAACUCUUGAUGGUUAAGUAGUUAGAUUGGGUGGAUUUGAACUUAUGUUCUAUCAACAAUUUAGCUAUUUCUGUUUGUUGGAUUUUACCAUGAAGUUGCUGUUGUUUUGAUGUCAAUUAAGUUGUGUGAUAUUCAGAAGUUUUCUCUAACUGGGGAUGACCAGAAUAGAGACAUGAAUGUAUCACGGGUUCAUUCAUGUAUCGAAAAUUUAACAAGCCAUACUGCCAUAGUGUUGAACCGUUA